AAAAAAAGCACAAUUUCUUGUUAUAUGUCACUCCCACGUAAAGCUUUGAUCGCAAUCAGUAGUUAUAAUGAGCCAUUUUACCCUGAUGGCAAAAGAACGGGUCUCUUCUAUACCGAAGCACUUCAUCCUUAUCAAGCUUUGGUCAAGGCUGGUUUUGAAGUAGAUCUUGCAACAGAGACUGGCACAUUUGGCAUGGAUGAACACUCUACAAGCAAAGAUUUUCUUACGGAUGAAGAUGAAAGAGUCCUGAAUGACCCUGAGCAUCCCUUUAAUGUUUUGCUAAACAAGCAUCUAUACAAAGCAUCUAAUCUCGACCCUAAACAGUAUGGCCUCAUUUUUGCUUCUGCUGGUCACGCUACCUUGUACGAUUAUCCUCAUGCUCGCGGCCUUCAGAGCAUUGCUGAAGAUAUCUAUGAACGAGGCGGUGUAGUUGCUGCCGUCUGUCAUGGCCCCGCCCUCCUGCCAGGUGUUAAGGACAAAAGGACGGGCAAGUCUAUUAUUGAAGGCAAAACUGUUACAGGGUUUACUGACAAGGGCGAGAUCGAUAUGAACAUCAUGGACAAGAUCAAGGGAGACAAGGUAGCAACGGUUGAAGAAAGUACGACAGCUGCUGGAGCUCAGUAUGUUGCACCGUCCACGCCAUUUGCAGAUUUUCACAAGGUGGAUGGUCGCGUAGUUACAGGCGCAAACCCUGCUUCGGCACAUUCUACUGCCGAAGCAGCUAUCAAAGUGUUUGGAUAAAGCGAAUCAUAGGCAAUUUCUCCUCUUUCCCCCUCCUCUCCCUCUUGUAACACUUAUUUUCGCCCCCUUUUAUUUUUAUCCACGUCAAUAAUAAAAAAUCGUGAACAAAUGCCAUAAAUUACAAAUAAAUAUGCAUAAAAUAAGCUUUCCUAUUUUGCUUUUUAUGGAGG